CCGCAACACGUUCUGGUGUGGAUCUGCAGCGCAGUCCGUUAUCGAGGCUCUGCAGACUCGAUAUAUCUCCAUUCUCUCCCAGCAUCCGCCUCGAGGUGGUCCUCACGCGGAGUCUACGGGGCGAAAGAAGCAAAGAAGGCACCCUGUGCUGCAGCUGUCACCGCCCGUCGCAGAAGGGGGUCGCGCUAUAGUAAGUACCCACGGGCGAGGCGGUUCAUAUCCCCCAGGUCCAUUCUCUCCCGCUUCACCACCACGAUCACAAUCACAACCUCCAGCUGUGGUCCGUCGUUCGCCAUUAUUACGACUGCUCAGUAAACUACGCCCCCGAGAUGUCCACCACGACCUUCUCCGACUGGGUGGACAUGCCCGGGAGCCCCUACGCGUCCGACCAGGCUCUGCCGAGCUUGGAGGACGCGUCGGGCUCCAUCGCUCGCUUUGAUAGCGACAUCCACGAGCUCAGCCUCGACUGGGUGAACCUCGAGAACAUCACUUGCCAGCCCGAUCCCUCGUUCGACUGGGACUCGCUGAUUAUGUUGAGCGACGCGCUCCCAUUCCCCCCAACAGCACUCAGCGACACGUUCUUGAGCCAAGACGGGAUCGACGAGCCCGCGUCCCCCCGCUCUGACUGGACCCUCGUGCAGUCGCCUGGGUCGAGCAUGGUUCCAGAUACUAAGCUACCCCCGGCCGAAGACACGCAGAUCGACCACCUGUCGGCGUCUUCCCCUUCGCCCUUUGACAGUCUCGGGUUCGACUUCGGGUGCGAGCUUUUCGGGAACUUCCUCCCCCCGCAAAUGUAUUCUGCCCCGCCUGAGGCGGGGUGCAACGCCGUGUCCCUUGAUGGUGACUUCGGCUGGCCGGUAUACCCGCUCAUGCAGCACUCGGUCGGUGCUGCGGGCGCUGGUGCUACAGGCCUGGCGACGGGCAUGGACCUGAACGUGGACUCGGCCGCGUUCAGCUUCAUGGCCCCGAACCUUCCUUCCUUUUCCUCUCCAGCAUCGUCUCCGGUGGACGACAAGGACGAUAUCUUCGUCAUGGAUGAGAACCCCGCACGCGCUGUCGAGGAGAAGAAGGACGUACCCGUCGUAAAGAAGAAGCCCGCCCUCACGACGCGUAUGAAGCGCCGCACCGACAGCGACGACGGCUAUUCGUCGGGCGACUCCAACGCCAGCGACGCGCCUUCCCCGCGGAGGAAGCGGCGCAAGCAGGACACCACGAAGCGGUACAUUUGCUCGUUCGAGGGUUGCCAUCUGGCAUUCGCUCGCACUCAUAAUCUGAAACAGCACUUCGACAGCGUCCACGAGGGCAAGCGCCCAUACGGCUGCCGCGAGCUUGGAUGCGAGCGGUCCUUCAGCCGCAAGCAUGACUUGCACCGCCAUCAUCAGUCCGAGCACACUGAUCUGGGGUCCCCGCGCAAUGUCGGCAACGCCAAGAAGGGCAAGGCCAACAAGAAGAGCAAGACAAUCGCCAAGAAGGACGAGCACGACCAGUAG